CUUGAGAGGCGGGCUGGGGCUUAGCCAACGGGGCAAGGGGGGCGGGAAGGAGGUGGGGUUUCUCCCAGCCAAUCGACGGGCGCGCCCUCGUUGCCGCUCUAUGCCGCUCCGCCCCGGCUCGCUGGUCCCAGAAGGCGCCGGGUUUCCCAAGAUGGCGGCGGACGUGUCCGUUACUCACCGGCCCCCGCUGAGCCCUAAGUCUGGGGCCGAAGUCGAAGCCGGCGAUGCCGCGGAGCGCCGGGCGCCGGAAGAAGAGCUGCCGCCUCUAGAUCCAGAAGAGAUCCGGAAACGCCUGGAACACACCGAGCGCCAGUUCCGUAACCGCCGCAAGAUACUGAUCCGGGGCCUCCCGGGGGACGUGACCAACCAGGAAGUACAUGACCUGCUCAGUGACUAUGAGCUCAAAUACUGUUUUGUGGACAAAUACAAAGGGACAGCCUUCGUGACCCUGCUGAAUGGGGAGCAGGCCGAGGCCGCAAUCAACGCUUUCCACCAGAGCCGCCUGCGGGAGCGCGAGCUGUCGGUGCAGCUGCAGCCCACGGAUGCCCUGCUGUGUGUGGCCAACCUGCCCCCCAGCCUCACACAGCAGCAGUUCGAGGAGCUGGUGCGGCCCUUCGGCAGCCUGGAGCGCUGCUUCCUGGUCUACAGUGAGCGCACUGGCCAAUCCAAGGGCUAUGGCUUUGCCGAGUACAUGAAGAAGGACUCGGCUGCCCGUGCCAAGUCGGACCUGCUGGGCAAGCCGCUGGGACCACGCACCCUCUACGUGCACUGGACGGAUGCCGGGCAACUGACGCCUGCCCUUCUCCACUCCCGCUGCCUCUGUGUGGACCGCCUGCCACCUGGCUUCAACGAUGUGGACGCUCUGUGCCGGGCGCUGUCAGCUGUCCACAGCCCCACCUUCUGCCAGCUGGCGUGCGGCCAGGAUGGGCAGCUGAAGGGCUUCGCGGUGCUGGAGUAUGAGACGGCUGAGAUGGCGGAGGAGGCACAGCAGCAGGCGGACGGCCUGUCCCUGGGGGGCAGCCACCUGCGAGUCUCCUUCUGCGCCCCUGGGCCCCCCGGCCGCAGUAUGCUGGCCGCUCUCAUCGCUGCCCAGGCCACGGCCCUCAAUCGGGGGAAGGGACUCCUCCCCGAGCCCAACAUCCUGCAGCUGCUCAACAACCUGGGCCCAUCCGCCUCCCUCCAGCUGCUGCUCAACCCCCUGCUCCAUGGCAGUGCAGGGGGGAAGCAGGGCCUCCUGGGUGCCCCCCCAGCCAUGCCGCUGCUCAAUGGGCCAGCCCUGUCCACGGCGCUGUUGCAGCUCGCCCUGCAGACCCAGGGCCAGAAGAAGCCCGGCAUCCUGGGAGACUCACCCCUGGGCGCCCUCCAGCCUGGGGCCCAGCCAGCCAACCCCCUCCUCGGGGAGCUGCCUGCAGGAGGGGGCCUGCCCCCGGAGCUGCCGCCCCGGCGAGGGAAGCCACCACCCCUGCUGCCAUCCGUGCUUGGCCCUGCUGGGGGUGACCGGGAGGCCCUGGGCUUGGGUCCCCCAGCGGCCCAGCUCACUCCUCCCCCCGCCCCUGUGGGGCUCCGAGGCUCUGGCCUCAGAGGCCUCCAGAAAGACAGUGGGCCUCUGCCGACGCCCCCUGGGGUCUCACUGCUGGGGGAGCCCCCCAAGGACUACCGGAUUCCCCUGAAUCCCUACCUGAACCUACACAGCCUGCUCCCGGCCAGCAACCUGGCGGGUAAGGAGGCCCGGGGCUGGGGAGGCGCCGGGAGAAGCCGCCGCCCAGCUGAGGGCCCCCCAACUAACCCCCCAGCCCCUGGAGGUGGCAGCAGCAGCAGCAAAGCCUUCCAGCUCAAGUCCCGCCUGCUCAGCCCCCUCAGCAGUGCCCGCCUGCCCCCUGAACCAGGGCUGUCUGACAGCUACAGCUUCGACUACCCCUCGGACAUGGGACCUCGGCGGCUCUUCUCCCACCCACGGGAACCAGCCCUUGGGCCUCACGGACCCAGCCGACACAAGAUGUCCCCCCCGCCCAGUGGCUUCGGCGAACGGAGCAGCGGUGGGAGUGGCGGGGGCCCCCUGUCUCACUUCUAUUCAGGCUCGCCCACUUCCUACUUCACCAGCGGCCUGCAGGCUGGCCUCAAGCAGAGCCACCUCAGUAAGGCAAUCGGCUCUUCCCCGCUGGGGUCCGGAGAAGGGCUCCUGGGCCUCAGCCCCGGGCCUAAUGGUCACAGCCACCUGCUGAAGACCCCACUGGGCGGCCAGAAACGCAGCUUUGCCCACCUGCUGCCCUCGCCCGAGCCCAGCCCAGAAGGCAGCUAUGUGGGCCAGCACUCCCAGGGCCUCGGCGGCCACUACGCGGACUCCUACCUGAAGCGGAAGAGGAUUUUCUAAGUGGCUGGCACCAGAGAUAACUCAAGGGCCUGCACCAAAUCGCUUUUGGGUUUUCUGGUGUUUUGUUUUGUGUCUUUUUAAACCAUUUUCUCUCUUUCGGUAAUAGAAAAAUCUCUGAAAGACUUUACUGACCAAUCAGCCGGAGCCCCAGGAGCCCAAGGGGUGUGGGGGAGUCUGGAGACCUCAUUAUGUCUCUGGCUUGCUCCCCACGCUGAAACCCUGCAGCCUUAAGAGAGAGGGGCCCCGGCCUGCUCUCCCUCCCUCCCCCCAUCUCCUCCUCCGCUGUGCCCGUCUCUCCGGAGCCCUCCUGCCUCAUUGCUCCUGUAAUUUUGGCCUUUCGAGUGCCUUGGAGGUUUCCCUGACCUCCCGUGAAGAUACAGAGACUGUCUCCUUUUUUUUAACUUUGACAACUGACUUCUGUUUCCUUUUCUAAGUUUUAUUUUUCAAACCACCCGGACAGCCCCCAGCUCUGAUUCCUUCAAGGCCCGGCCUGUCCAGGCCACCAUUCCACACUUUGCGGUUUGAAACAGCUGUUUUUCCCACAUUUGCUGCAGGCAUGGCUGUCUCCUGUCCCUGCCUGCCCAUCUGGCCUAUACCCCAGCCCUGGGGCCCGGGGUCCCUGCCGCAGCCCCCUCCCCUUCUGAUGCCUUAAAAGCUGGGCCCAGGCCCUGCUGGCCAGAGCCACAGAUGCCAAGCUCUGGGAGCUUGACUAUGGACCAAACAGCUCUGGCCUAGGGAUUGGGCCACCCUACCCAGGAUCUCUACCCUGGGGACAGUAGAAGGGGAAAGCCUUCAUCUUGGCGAACCGGCCCCACCACCCCCUCCUGCCCGGGCCUCCGUGCAGAGAUGGGCUUUCUCUGCCAGUCCCCUGCUGUCUGUCUGUGGGAGUCGGACAUUGUGCCCAUCUCCCGGAGCCUCUGCUGUCACUCGCUUGUUGAAGAUGAAUUCUUGAAUUCUGCCUGCCCACCCCCGGCCAGAUCCCUGGAGCUGGCCUCCUUCCAGCCCAGUGCCAGAAACCAGCACUCCAUGAAGAUAAGCUCUGGGCCCGCCCACCAGCAGGACCUGUCGACCUGAGGUGACCCUGGGCCUUGCCCCCAGCCAACUGGGCCACCAGCUUCCCUCCCUUGACUCUGGGGGUCCUCAUCCACUCCAAGGGGACUAGUCCCCCGACCCCACCCCAGUCUCCCCACACGGACCUUUGCUGAAUUAAAGUUUGUAAGUAAAUGGUUUUAAAGAAA